AUGCGGAUUCGUAAUCGGACCUUUAAUCCGCCGGGUUAAUUGUUUUUUCAGAGUCGUCUUGCAUGAUUUAACUUUUGUCCGUUUUUUUCGGCUCGCUGCCACAGUUUCUCGUAACUGCUCAUCAAAAUGUUUGCUGACACUAUUCUUAUUGUGUUUAUAUCGGUGUGUACAGCUUUGCUGUCGGAAGGAAUAACGUAUGUACUUGUAUACCGAACAGAGACCUACAAAAAGUUGAAAGCUGAGGUCGAAAAGCAAAGCAAGAAAUUGGAAAAGACGAAAGAGCAGUAUGGUGAGGUCAGUGACAAGGGACAGAAAAAGAAACUAGAACGUCAGGAGGAGAAACUUAAGAACGACAGCAGAGACUUGUCCAUGGUGAAGAUGAAAUCAAUGGUCGUCAUCGCCUUCACAUUCACAUCGCUCAUGGGAAUGUUCAACUCCAUAUUUGAUGGGAGGAAUGUUGCUAAGUUACCAUUUGAACCAAUCUCCUGGCUACAUGGCAUCUCCCAUCGGAAUCUUCUCGGCAGCGAUUACACGGACUGCUCCUUCAUAUUCCUCUACAUUCUCUGCACAAUGUCCAUCAGACAGAAUAUCCAGAAGCUGCUUGGGUUUGCACCGUCUAGGGCCGCAGCCAAACAAUCUGGAGGAUUCUUUGGACAGCAAAUGCAGACAUCAAAAUAAAUCAACUACUCUUUAUUUUCUGCACAACGGUGAAGCUCUAUUGUAACAUGUUUUCUACAGCAGUGAAUGUUUACUUCAACCUUUGAACUUUGACAUGAGGUCAUUUGGGCCUUCUUUCCAUAUAACACCCGAUAGGAUUUGCAUCAUUUGUGACCACUGAAUUUUAAUUACGUCUUGUUUUUCAUAUCUGUGACCUCGAGAUACUGAACAUGCCGUUUCCUUUUAAAGUGAAUUUGUGGUAACAGGGUUACUGGAAUUCAUGUAUUUAUUGCAGUUUGCACUUGGUCAUGGGGACUGCUGGCUCAUUUUCAGGUUUUACAUUUGCCAGCUAUUUGUAGUUUUCUUUAAAUGUGAAGUUCGUGGGUUUUAUUUGGGGGGGGGGGGAAUUUUUAAGAUGCAUCACCCUCAAUAUUUUAGUGUCAGUUGGCAGGACUCGAGUAAUUGACGAGAAAAUUAGAUAGUGAUAUUCUCCAUUGUUUAACGUUUAAAAUUACAAUUGAAAUUUUACACUCAUCCAUUUUCCAUUUAAAAAAUAUGUACUCUAAACGCUGUUUAAGUAAUAAAAUUUUGCAAGCAGAAAAUGA